CGUCAUUACGUUCAUUACCGCAUCGCGCGCGGGAGGUUUAGUUCUUCAAGUUUACGGAACCAAGAAUCCAGAAGACAGGGCAGGUUGGGUUCAUAUGGGAUCAUGGCGAUGAGGAGUGAAUCCAGGGUGGAGGCAGAGGAGGAAGAGAACUACGGACCACAGCCGCUGAGUAGACUGGAGCAAUGUGGCAUCGGCGCCAGUGACAUCAAGAAGCUGGAGGACGCCGGGUUCCACACCAUUGAGGCUGUGGCCUACGCGCCCAAGAAGGAGCUGCUCAACAUCAAGGGCAUCAGUGAGGCCAAAGCUGACAAAAUCCUCGCUGAAGCGGCUAAACUGGUUCCGAUGGGCUUCACGACAGCGACUGAGUUCCACCAGAGGAGGGCAGAGAUAAUCCAGAUCUCCACAGGCUCCAAGGAGCUCGACAAACUACUGCAGGGUGGGAUCGAGACGGGAUCCAUCACGGAGAUGUUUGGAGAGUUUCGGACGGGGAAAACCCAGCUGUGCCACACUCUCGCCGUCACCUGUCAGCUGCCCAUUGACCAGGGGGGUGGAGAAGGUAAAGCCAUGUACAUUGACACGGAGGGAACCUUCAGACCGGAGAGACUCCUCGCCGUGGCUGAGAGGUACGGGCUUGUCGGCAGCGACGUUCUGGACAACGUGGCGUACGCUCGAGCCUUCAACACGGACCAUCAGACCCAGCUGCUCUACCAAGCCUCCGCCAUGAUGGCCGAGUCGAGGUACGCUCUGCUGAUAGUGGACAGUGCCACAGCGUUGUACAGAACAGAUUACUCGGGCCGGGGCGAGCUCUCAGCCAGGCAGGGACACCUGGGACGCUUCCUCCGGAUGUUGCUGAGGCUGGCUGAUGAGUUUGGCGUCGCUGUGGUGAUAACCAACCAGGUGGUGGCGCAGGUGGACGGGGCGGCCAUGUUCUCCGCAGAUCCCAAGAAACCAAUUGGUGGGAACAUUCUGGCUCACGCCUCCACCACACGGUUGUACUUGAGGAAAGGUCGAGGAGAAACUAGGAUCUGUAAAAUCUACGACUCCCCCUGUCUGCCGGAGGCUGAAGCCAUGUUCGCCAUCAACGCCGACGGCGUGGGUGACGCCAAGGACUGAGCGGCUGGAGUAAAAGGUCACGCCCACUGAACUUUGACAUGGCCUCGUGCCGUGUGUGAGAGCCGGACUGCUGCAGAAUCCAGACGUGGUGGUUGUGGGUUCUGAUCCGUCGACAGGAUGGUGACAAACAGUAA